CCCUCCGCCCUUAACCCCGCCCCUUUCCCCCUUAACCCCGCCCCCAGGUGCCCGGUGCUAUUGGUGGUCGGCGACAACUCCCCCCACGAGGACGCGGUGGUGGAGUGCAACGCCAAGCUGGAUCCCACCCAGACCUCCUUCUUAAAGGCGAGCCGUAGCCACGCCCCUUUUCCCGCUUAAGCCACGCCCUCUCCCUCAUAGCCCCUCCCACUCCCCUCCUAGCCCCGCCCACUUCGCCGCUAACCCCGCCCCUUUUUGCCUUAUAUAGAUGGCGGACGGCGGCGGCCAACCACAACUGCGCCAGCCGGCCAAGCUGACCGAAGCCUUUAAGUACUUCGUGCAGGGAAUGGGUUACAUGCCCUCGUCGGCCAUGACACGUCUGUCCCGUUCCCGCACCGCUUCCGUUUCCAGUUCUACUUCCGGAGAUGGGGACAAAUCCGGGGGUCGAAGCCGGACCCUUUCAAGGGGGAGUUUGGGGGGGGGGCUGGGGGCCAACGCCGUCCCAUAAGACCCC